AUGUCUGAUGAAAAAAACGUCGAGGACGUGAAAAAAACAAUCGCAGAGAUGAAACUAAAACGUCGAGCCUUGAGGGAGGAAAAUGACUUUUACGCAUACAAGCUAAUGGAGAUUCAACUUGAGAAGAUUAAGGACCUUUGCAGCGAUUCUGCUUAUUGUCUGAUCAUACAUUAUCUGUUUUUCAACACCAUUCAGUCGACCAGGGUGUACAGCCACAUCCACAACUACAAGAUACUACAGGAGAGCUUCAAGAAAUUGAAGUUGGAUAAGAAAGUACCAGUCAAUAGAUUGAUUAAGGGACGUUUCCAUGAUAAUUUCGAGUUCUGGCAGUUGUUCAAGCAGAUCUACGACGGUAACUAUAGAGAUCAGAUCAUACCUGUCAUAAAAACAGUUAGCAGCAUGUCGGACGCAAAGAACGUCGAGGACGUGAACAAAACGAUCGCCAAGAUGAAACUGAAACGUCGAGCCUUGAGGAAGGAAAUAAACUUUUACGCAUGCAAACUAAUAAACAUUCAAAUAUUGUGUGAAGGAUUACAAGAUGAAUGUCCAAGGUUGGAAAAAAUAUUGCACUUGGCAAGAGUGAAGUUCAAUUCCAAUCAAGAGUGCAGCCACAUCCAUAACUACACGUUACUACAGAAGAGCUUCAAACAAUUGAAGGUGGAUAAGGAAGUACCAGUCGAUCAAUUGAUUAGAGGACGUUUCCAAGAUAAUUUCGAGUUCCUGCAGUGGUUCAAGAAGUUCUACGACGUUAACUAUAGAGGUACCUGUCAUAAAAACAGUUAG